AUGUCCUCCCAACAAGACAUCUGCCUCGUCGUCGUCCUCGAAAUGCUCGGCCUCGCCUGCGCCGUCGCCGCCUGGCUCCUCCUCGUCUCCCGCACCGCCAGCGCCUCCGCCGCCCGCUCCCUCGUCAAGGCCUGGUGCGUCGGCGUCGCCAUCGCCGCCGUCAUCGCCUUUGUCGCCCUCAAGGAAACCGCCCUCGCCGGCGCUCGCCCCUUCCUCCUCGCCGAUGCCGACUCCGACGCCCACGCUUGUCCCGGCCACGCCGUCCUCAUGCCCGCCCAAGCCAUCUUUGGCACCACCGACGUCAAGAUCCCCACCCUAGGCCUCGUGGGCAACAGAAUCGGCGAGAUCCUCCGCAUCGUCGGCAUCCCCACCCUCUUCUUCGCCGCUCUCACCCUCGGCUGCAUUACCGCCAAGGGCCCCGCCGCCGACCUGCAGAGCCAGUCCAAGGUCCUCGACCUCGGCUUCGGUCCCUCGUCGCACUCCAACAACAACUCCUCCCCCGACAUCAUACAGCCCAAGUCUUCCUUUCUCAGCGGUGAGAGACUCGUCUCCCUCUUUCGCAAGCUCCUCACCGCCGCCGUCCCCGCUCUUGUCGUCGUCAUGAUCCACCGCACCGAGACCUACCUUUUGCGCAUGCAGCCCGUGGCCCCAGAGUCGGAACCCAUCAAGUCGGUCGGCCAGUGGGGGUCCUGGGCUGCCACCGCCGUCGUUCUCUUCGCCACCUUGGUCAAUGCUGCUAGGGGCAGCAUGGGGUAUGAUUCGCCCGACGAUGCGCUGGCCGAGAAGGGUCGGCUGGACGAUGCUGUGAGGUGA